UGUUGUUAUACAGCAAGACCUUGGUUGUUUACAUCGUGCGAGAUUAAAGGAGUUAGAAGAUGAAUAAAGUAGAAAACGACCCUUCCUGACUAAUUAAUAUUUAAAAUACUACUGUUCUAGCGAACACGGAGAUUUGUGAUCAUGAAUGCUCGCUCUCAGAUAUUUGAGCUGUCUGUGGAAGGCCGUCAGAUUGAAGAGACCAUCGCCAGUAUAUUUCACACAUUGCUAUUUCACAGAACCUUAGGAAAGUUCCAUUACAAGCAGGAAGGUAGCUAUUCAGUGGGGACAGUCGGCAUGGAGGAUGUGGACUGUGACUUCAUCGAUCUAACGUACAUGCGAGUCGCAUCUGACGAGCUGGAUAAAGAGCUGAAGAGAGAGAUUGCAUCAUUUCAGGCGCUGCUGCGGGCGUCGGACGGGCCGCGGUCAGGUCAGAUCACGCUCGAGUUCUAUCAGAAGAAGCGAACGCGCUGGCCAUUCUCUACUGAGAGCAUCCCGUGGGAGGUGUGGACUGUGAGGCUAAACGUGAUGAGCCUAGCCAACGAGCUAGAGAGACAGGUGUUCCGCGAGCAGGUGGGCGAGGCGAUAGCUGAGAAGAUCAUGUACAUCUGUGAGUCGAUGAACAAGCAUGAAUAUACGCCGAAGAUGCCCAACCAAUCGGAGCUGGAGUCUGUGUUCGACGUGCGUCUGCCUGACGUCCAGCCAUACCUGUUCAAGAUCACGUACCAGACAACCGCGCUGCCAAACCCCGCCCUCGCAUCCACCAUGAAGAAGUUCCUCAAGGACACGCUUGCGUUCUGAAGGUCGUGGGGCGGUGUUCCUCAAGGACAUGCUCGCGUUCUGAAGGUCGCAGGAAACGCGUGGCUGCGGCUUUGCGGAAUGCAGUGCCGCUGUCUCCGUGGCGACAGAAGGUUGUGGUGCGCUAGCAGCAUCGUGGCGUCGCCAUUGUUGCUCGUGUUUCAUGCUGUGUAGCACAAGUUACAAGCCCAGCGGCCGAGUUGUUGUGACUGAGAGAGUUUCUGCACGAUGUAUAUAGAUGUAAAUAAUAAUGCGUCGUUAGCAUUGGUGAGCGGGUGGUAUGUACAUGUUGAUUAUCGCCCGUACGUGGGUAGCACGCGGCUGGUAUGUACAUGUUGAUUAUCGCCCGUACGUAGGUAGCACGCGGGUGCAUUUUUUAUUGUCACUAUCACAGUGAUGUUGGUUCCUCGUCAAAGCAAACCGGCUGUUAGGGAAAUUCUGCAUUCACAUUACUAGUGUGCGUGCGUGCGUGUGGUGCCGUAAGGUUACAGGUGGCAUCUUAUUGUAACAUAUGCAUAUAGUUUGUCUAAUAAGAAACAGUGCGAAGUUUUGCAUCUACCAUUUAUGCGUUUUCACGACCAGGUGCGGCUUGGCAUAUAAAUAAAAAAUUUAUUAAAUUCUAUAAUAUAAUAGUAGUGAGUCUGUUAAAACCUACCUGCAUGUAAAUUAUUUUGAUACAGAAAUAAUGACAGUUAUGCCGAAUUUUCUUAAAAGUAGGGUUCUAAAAAGCGUGUAACAUGUGUCUGAAUGGCAAAUAAGGGUGAAAAAUAUGAGCGUUGUUUACGCAU